GUUCCAUUCCAGGGCAAGUCGAGUUGAACGGAGGCCUUGAGGUGAGCACGAGGGGUUCGCAAAAAAAGAAAGGAAAAUAAAGAAAUAAGUGAGAGUCACCGCCAUUUCCCCGUCUUCUCCGUUUCAACUCGUCGUCGUCGUUGAAAGUUGAACCGCUCAGCGGCAGUCAACCUGCCAAUCCAUGUCCGAAUCAGGUCCACCAGCAGGCGUACUACCAACACCGGCGACAACGCCGCCGCUUGUUCCAACACACGAUCAGGUGGUCGUUUUGUAUGUUACAGUGGUUUAUGCCGUCGUUAUUUUUGGGAUAUGGAAUAUCCCCGGCGCACGAACGCUCAUCAACCCUCUCAAACUGUUCACCAUCGGUUGGCACGAACUAUGUCAUAUCAUCGCCGCUAUACUCACUGGUGGUACCAUCCUCUCUGUGACAAUAGACCCGUUUUUGGGAGGCGCAACUCUCAUAGAAGGUGGUAAACCACCCGUUAUUUUAUCCGCCGGAUACAUUGGUUCGACUAUUUUCGGUGGGGUUUUCAUCCUUGGCGGAUUCGAUACACUUGUUGCCAAGAUUCUCAGUUUCGUCCUCGGAAUCGGCUUGGUAACACCCCUCGUUCUCGUUCGUGAUAAACUGACGAUUCUACUGACGGUGCUCUAUGAAGGACUUCUGGUUGGGUUCUGGUUUAUCGCGCAUGCCCAGGCUUUGCGAUGGUAUUGCCUGUUUGUCGGUGUCAUGAACGUUUUCUUCGUGAUCUGGGAUAUUGCCGAUGAUAAGUUCUUCCGCAAGGCCAACGAUUCAGAUUGCACCCAGUUUCAUAUCAUGUUCCCACGUCUCCCUGCUCAUUUUUGGGCUUGCGUAUGGAUCAUUUUCGAGAUUGGUAUAUGUAUUGCAUUUCUGUUACUUGGUAUAGUAUCCUUCAAGCUCUCCGACGGUGAUAUGGACACGCAAGCGGCUGUUUUCCUGCCUACAUGACGCAUGUUGACGAUGAGGAACGUUUCAAGUCACGACAUACCCAACUGCCACGUUGCACUCACGGACAUUUGUAGCACGGGAACAGCGUCUCUGUAUCUUUUUGUUACAUCACCCCGCACGUAUCUAUCGCUGCAUUGCAUACUUGUUCGCAUUCUUACCACACUUAGUGAUACUGAUGACUACCGCUUUGGCCCAUCCGCUCAGAGACUGUUGCAUAAAUUAAUGUUACUAUUCACGUUUCCCG